CCGAUAUAUACUCAAGUUCGAACUUUUCCGGGUCUAAAGCAAGGCCACUUGACCGUGAUUCAUUAGAGCUACUGGUUGUUUGUUAUUGGCAGCUGGGGAGAAUAGGUAACAGAAUAUCGAGAUAAACACAUAAAAAACGGAAAUCAUGACAAUAGCAGAACAAUACAGAGAGUUCAUUUUUAGUGGAGAUCCUUCCAUACGAAAUUUUUUCCUCCUUCGGAGCAUCGCACCCAUGAUACUUUCAGUAACUUCAUAUAUUCUUUUCGUCACGAAAAUUGGUCCUGCCAUCAUGAAAAAUAGAAAACCUGUUCAAUUACGAAAACUUAUUAUAGUAUACAACUUCGCAUUAGUCCUAUAUUACAUAUAUUUUGUUGUCAAAGGUCUUCUAUUCAUGCCAAAGUUAGGAGUUUCCUUCAUCUGUGGAAAACUUGAUUCAGAGACAAAUCCUGAAGCUGCCCAAUUUUAUCUGCAUGGCUACCAGCUUAUGGUUGUGCGGUACAUAGAACUGUUUGACACAGUGUUUCUAGUGAUGAGCAAAAAACAAAUUGAUCCAUUACAUGUGUUCCACCAUGCUAUUGUGCCUGUAUUUGCUUAUUUUGGUUUCAGAUCCGAAAAAAGUGCUUAUUUGUCCAUAUUUAUGGGCUUUAACUCCAUAGUGCAUAUUAUUAUGUACACUUAUUAUGCAGUAGCAGCGCUGGGGCCGAAAUAUCAGAAGUACAUAUGGUGGAAGAAAUAUUUGACGACACUGCAAAUAUUUCAAUUUUUCAUCAUGAUGUUUUAUCUGAUGCUGGUAUCUGCAAUUGGCUGCACGACGUCCAAAUUCACGUUGAUUUUCUGCUCUUCCCUGACCGUUGCUUUCUUCUUUCUAUUCAUCCGUUAUUACCGGACCAUAUACAUCGAAAGAAACAGACCGCACCAGAAUGGAGUGCACCAUGUUGCGCACAAAAAUAAACAAUUAUAAAUUAUAAUAUACAUUUUUAUAGGUUUGUACAUUUCAUUGUAACUGAACAUGAACUAUACAUAAAUUUCUGUUU